AUGGCCGUGGCGUUGGACCUCACAGCCAGCUACAAGGCGCGCAAGGAGGCCUUUGUCUCCAACCUUUCAGGCAGCUCCUUGACUGAGAUCAACCUGGUCACCCUCGUUGCGGGAUCAGCAGUCCUCCUCUGGUCAGCAUUGCAAAAGAAGGAGUCCUUCUUCACUCCGUACACGCCCGUCGCCGCGCUGGCCGACUUUCUGCUUAAUGUCUGUGCCAUUCUGUUCGCCAUCACCUUGUACUCGGCUGCUCCGCUGGCCCUGAACAUCUUCCUGGCCAUUCCGGCCGUGUUAGUUCUAUGUCUCAAUACCAGCUCUUCUUCACCUUUAUCAUCUUCUUCCUCUUCCACCGGCUCGGCGGCGAAGUCCAAGGCGAAGGCAAAGUCCAAGUCCAAAUCCAGCCCGGCCAAAGCAGACUCUCCGGCCCAACAUGGCGACGUUGAUGGCCCUCGUCUUCCACUCCGCCCGUUCCUGACGCACUACCGCGGCUCCAUGCUCGUGGUGACGUGUCUGGCCAUCCUGGCCGUCGACUUCCCACUCUUCCCGCGCCGCUUCGCCAAGGUCGAGACAUGGGGCACCUCUCUGAUGGACUUGGGCGUCGGCUCCUUUGUCUUUUCUGCCGGAGUGGUGUCGGCUCGAGCACUGGUCAAAGUCAAGCCAACCGCCAACCCCGAGCAGGGCCGGCCAGGUUCAACCUCGACGUCUACCGACAACACCACCACCGCCACCACCACUACACCCAAUUUCAGCAGUCGUUUCGGCCAGGCUGUCCGCCAUUCCAUCCCUUUGUUAGUUCUAGGCUUCGUGCGGCUCUGGAGCGUCAAGGGUCUCGACUACGCCGAGCACGUGACCGAGUACGGCGUGCAUUGGAACUUCUUCUUCACGCUGGCCUUGCUGCCUCCGUUCGUCGAGAUGUCCGACAUGAUCACACGCCGAGUUUUCAAGCAGUAUCGCCACGACGCCCUGGCCGUCGCGCUGGCCGUCAUCUACGAAUUGGUCCUCGACAAGACCGACCUGCUCCGCUACAUCGUCGCCGCGCCGCGCGGGCCGGAUCUCCUCUCGAUGAACCGCGAGGGUGUGUUUUCCUUCACAGGCUACCUGGCCAUCUUCCUCGCCGGCCGCGCCACUGGCAUGCGAGUGGUACGGUUCCGGUCCCCGACCCGCGAGGCAAGUCCCGGUUCCGGUUCCAGUUCAGGUGUGUCAGACACGUUGAAUGCCAAUCCAGUGCAGACGACGCGGCGCGAGCGCGGCCUCGUGCUCCGCGACCUGUUGAUCCAGUCCAUCAUCUACGCGGCCUUGUACUGGCUCUCGACCAGCUUCUACGGCCUCGGCCUGAGCGUGUCGCGCCGUCUGGCGAACCUGCCGUACGUGCUGUGGGUCGCCGGGUUCAACAACGCCCAGAUCCUUCUGUUCGGCCUGAUCGAGGCCGCCGGCCCGGCCUUCUCCUACGAGCCCGAAGACGCCGGCCUCGUGCGCGCCGCCACCAGCCGCAUCCUGCGCGCCUUCAACACCAACGGCCUCGUCGUUUUCUUGCUCGCCAACCUCUUGACCGGCUUGGUCAACUUGACCGUGAACACCCUCGACAUGACCAACUUGCUGGCUAUUGCCGUGCUGCUGGCCUACGCUGCGGCCGUGACCGCGGUCGCGCUAGUGCUGGAUGCCACAGGCGUCAAGAUUCGCAUCUAG